GAGCAGGUGUGUGUGUUUGUGUGUGUUUGUGUGUGUGAGUGUGGAUGUGUGUGUGUGAACUGAAGCACUUGACCCGGGCUGCUGGAUAAUGUCUCUGAAACUACCUCGCAACUGGGACUUCAGCACCUUCAAGGCUGAGACAGCUCGGAUAGCCCGAUCCAAGAGUGUGUUUCCUGGGGACGGGGGCCCCGGACCAGGCUUUCCGCGCUCCUCCAGGUCCAUGGAGAGGCCACUGAAGGCCGGCUGGCUGAAGAAACAGCAGAGGUCUUUGGUGAAGAACUGGCAGCAGCGCUACUUUGUGCUGAGAGGAAGCACUCUGACUUAUUACAAAGAUGACAAGGAGACCACAGUCCAGGGAGUCAUCCAGCUGCGCUUCAGUAAUGUUAAUGAACUGCCUCCAAGCUCAGAUGAUUCUGGAAAGUACCUCUUUGAGAUCAUUCCACGAUCGGCUGGAGACAGGGAGCGAUGUUCUUAUGUGUUCAUGGCAAACUCCCAAAGUGAAAUGGAGGAUUGGGUCCGCACCCUGCGCAGAGUCAUCGGUGUACCAACAAGUGGAGUGUUUGGAAAGAGUCUCAUGGACACCAUAACAUAUGAGCAGCGUUUUGGACCUCACAUGGUGCCUAUUCUGGUGCAGAAGUGUGUGGAGUUUAUCAUCGAACAAGGGCUGGAUGAGGAGGGGAUCUUCCGCCUACCUGGUCAGGAAAACGCUGUCAAGCAGUUCAGAGAUGCCUUUGAUGCAGGAGAGAGACCCUCCUUCCCAAAAGACACAGACGUCCACACUGUGGCAUCGCUGCUUAAACUGUACCUGCGGGAGCUGCCUGAACCUGUGGUGCCCUGGUCCCAGUACCAGGACUUCCUGGACUGCACCAACCUACGGGACGCCAACAGCUCAGAGGGCUGGGGAAUGUUGGAGAAACAAAUUGCUCUUCUGCCCAGAGUGAACUACAACCUUCUGAGUUACGUCUGUCGGUUUCUGUUYGAGGUGCAGAGUCACUCCAAUGUGAAUAAGAUGAAUGUGGAGAACCUGGCGACUGUGAUGGGAAUCAACCUGCUCAAACCUCAGAUAGAGGAUCCGAUCACAGUGAUGAAGGCAACGCCUCAGAUCCAGAAGCUGAUGACUGUGAUGAUYAGACAGCAUGAGACUCUUUUCCCUGUCUCCAAAGACGUGCUCCCCUCCUCUCCUUCAAACAAGACCGAGAGCCAGAAAAAUGCUCCUCGGAGCUUCGUAGGCUGGGAGUCUGCUGAGAUGUGGGGGGGAUCGAUGUCCGAGUCUCCAGAAGAGGAGGAGAAGGACUUAGACAGUCCAGGUCCAUUAAGAAGUGACCUUAAGUCCCAGACACUUCUGCAGGAGCCUCUGCCCCUUGGCCCGGACGACUCAUUGGGAAGUCCCCGCAAACGAACGCAGACCCUCCCCACCUUUAACUGCCCCCUCACUGGGAUGGCAGCCAAGGCAGAGGCCCUUAGGUGGAGCCGCAACCAAGAGAGCGUGGAGGAGAAGAGUGAGACUUUUUCAGAGGACAUUUUUAAAAUCCUGGACCUGCGGACUUCGGGGUCGUUUUUUGGGGGUUCUCAGUUGAGCAACAAGGACAAGGAGGACAGACUCACUGCUCGAAGAGGGAGUGGCCACACGUGCUCCUCUACUAUUAGUUCCCUCAAAGCAGAAAGUGACCCCCAACCCGUGCGGGUUCUCCCUCAUCAAAGGAGUGCGGACGCCUUGGUGGUGAGCAGCCCGGUGCAGCAGGUCAACAACAAGCCAGAACCGAAGCAAGACCAGCAGCAGGUUCUCACCACUUUGCAGCAGCAGAACAAGGAGCUGAAGGCCACUGUGGCAGAGCUUCAGGCUGCUUUGGAGGCAGAGCGCCGCCGUGUGGCCGCUCUGGAAAUCUGCUUAAAGAAUGCAGAGCGGGGUCAAGCCGAGACCCAGAAACGCAACGAGGAGCUGCAAAGAGACAUUGAGCGGUUCYUAGUCAAAGGGCAGUAACAAAACUAAAAAGAUUCAACCUAAAAUCCAUCUGCUCAACCUGAGGUCAUCUUCCAGCAUCACUUAUUUAAUCUGUUUGGUCCUGCAGAGGAGUUAUAGGCUCGUUUCUUUGCACCUGUGAGAAAGGUCUGUUCGGGGGUCUACUUCCUCAUUCAGUUAGAGACUUUAAACAUGUUUUUCUUACAGUCUCAGGUACUUUAAUUAUCUGUUAAACAGAGCAUUCGGAGAAGAAAGAGCUACACCUGGAAUGAUUAAAUUAUUUACACAGACGUGCACAAGCCAAAUUGAACAAACAGGAGUUCACGUACAAUGUGUCAUACUUGUGUCAUCAUUAGUCAUCUAAUGUCAGUCAAAAAAUAAAUAAACUUUUUAAAUUUGAA